GUUCUGGGCAUCCAAGUAAAAUGCUUCCAUGAAAUCAUCACUAUAGGUUACAGGGUCUAUCAUUCUUAUGAUCUUCCAUGGUUCAGAACACUGAGUUGGUACUUUCUACUGUGUGUAAACUACUUUUUCUAUGGAGAGACUGUGGCUGAUUAUUUUGCUACAUUUGUUCAAAGAGAAGAACAGCUUCAGUUCCUCAUUCGCUACCACAGAUUUAUAUCAUUUGCCCUCUAUCUGGCAGGUUUCUGCAUGUUUGUACUGAGCUUGGUGAAGAAACAUUAUCGUCUGCAGUUUUAUAUGUUCGCAUGGACACAUGUCACUUUACUGAUAACCGUUACUCAGUCACAUCUUGUCAUCCAAAAUCUGUUUGAAGGCAUGAUAUGGUUCCUUGUUCCAAUAUCAAGUGUUAUCUGCAAUGACAUUACUGCUUACCUUUUUGGAUUUUUUUUUGGAAGAACUCCUUUAAUUAAGUUGUCUCCUAAAAAGACUUGGGAAGGAUUCAUUGGCGGUUUCUUUUCUACAGUCGUGUUUGGAUUCAUUGCUGCCUAUGUAUUGUCAAAAUAUCAGUACUUUGUGUGCCCAGUGGAAUACCGAAGCGAUGUCAACUCCUUUGUCACAGAAUGUGAGCCCACAGAACUUUUCCAGCUUCAGAGUUACUCACUUCCUCCCUUCCUACAGGCAGUAUUGAGACAGGAAACAGUGAGUUUAUAUCCUUUCCAAAUACACAGCAUUGCUCUUUCAACAUUUGCAUCUCUAAUUGGCCCAUUUGGAGGCUUCUUUGCCAGUGGGUUCAAAAGAGCUUUCAAAAUUAAGGAUUUUGCAAAUACCAUUCCUGGACAUGGUGGGAUAAUGGACAGAUUUGAUUGUCAGUAUUUGAUGGCCACUUUUGUGCAUGUGUACAUCACGAGUUUUAUAAGGGGUCCAAAUCCCAGCAAAGUGCUUCAGCAGUUGUUGGUGCUUCAACCAGAACAGCAGUUAAAUAUAUAUAAAACCCUGAAGACUCAUCUCAUUGAGAAAGGAAUCCUACAGCCCACCUUGAAAGUAUAGCUGGAUCCAGAGAGGGGAGGACUGACAAGAAAGAAUUCUGCAGAAAAGCACUGAGAGAUGAAAUCUUGUAACUGUACAGAAAAAUGGUUGAAAAUGCAAUAGAUUGACAUUUUACAGACAUGAAUGUUGGUUCUCUGAAAUUACUGUGAAUAUUUAACAAACACUUACUUGAUCUAAGUUGUGAAAUAAGUAGCAAAUUGCCAGCAAAAUAUCCUGUACUUUUUCUAAGAUGUAUUUUCUGAUGUUAACUUCCUUCCCCUUACUUGCUGGGUUUCAUAAUUUAAAAGACUUGUAUUUUAAAGAGUCAAACACUAUAAAAUAAGUAAAUCGAGGUUAUCUUAAGAUUGCACCUGGCAGUGGGAUCUUUUGCACAAAUGUUCACUUUUGCACUUGGAGCUAUUCUUUGAUUUUAACAGAGUAUUGUUUGUAAGGCACACCAGGGAGUCUGCUCUGCUUCUCACAGUCUGAAGUAUUUUCUGAAGGGCUGAGUUUGAU